UCCUCAUUCCCUGUCUUCUCCUCUUCUCCCCUCCUUCUCUGCCAGCCUCUAUCAUGUUCGUGCUGCAGGCGCUGACUGUUAUCGCUCUGACUGUUGCCCUGCUGUCGCCCGUCGAAGGUAAAGGGGUGCAGAUGCAGCGGGACGUCCAGUGCUGCAUGCUGUACUCGCAGGGCAAGGUACGCACCAAGGACGUGAUCCGCUUCGAGGUGCAGACGGACGGGCCCGACUGCAGCAUACAAGCCAUCAUUCUGUACACCAAGAAGGCCGUGAAGUGCGCGGAUCCCAGCGACCGCAAGGUGAGGAGGCUGCUGAGGAAGCUCCUUCAGAGGCAGAGGAGCAAGGCCCGCCGUACCAUGUGGCUCAUCCCUCACGACAACCUGCCCGUCAUGGCAGAGGACAAGAAGAAUAACUGGGCGACUUUUGAUGUGGAAUGAGAUGAAACAAGAAAACAUUUGUAGUUAUAGGCCAAGUAAACCUUUUCAACGACUGGUCACCGUAGCCUGGCGGCGUUUUGGGGCCUCCCCUGUUGUCUCGUGUGUGUGUCUCUCUCUCUCUCUCCCUUUACCCCUACAGACCCAGGCAGCAGUAGGCCUACAUAGUAGCUAUAAUCGCUUCAGAUAGGUUAAACAACAAAAAAUAAAAAAAUAUUUCCACAAAGUUAACUCUGAAUACAUAGUUUGAACUGCUUCAAAUAUGGCGUGUUUUCUUUAGCAGAUAAGCUAACCAACAUUGCCACUAUCGUGUUGAAUAUAUCCGAAACAUAUCAUACGCACUAGUGCUAUAUUGCCCUGGUCUGCCUGAAGGUCUCUAGUCUACUACUAUUAUAACAUCUACUAGUGGCUGAAUUGUUUUGUAUAUGGGCUACAAUCGUAGAGCACGCCUCUUUUCAUCAAAGGGACUGCUAUAUUUAUCAGCAGACGUGUUACAAUAGCCUACUGUAGGAGUGACAGAAAACGUCCAUUAUAACAAUGAGACGUUCAGUGCUAGUAGUGAAGUACAGCAGUGAGAUACAUGCUGACUUGUGUGACUUGUAUAUCUUUAAGUCAUUUGUAAGAGAAACCAUACUCAGUAGACUGAGUCAAUUGCCGUUUGUCAAGGGUGUGAAAAACACCGGGAACGUCUUUCUAAUAUUAGCCUGCGCUUUUUGCACAAUCCACGUGUCAAUAGUGUGAACUCAUCACCCAUCUCCACUGUCAUUUCGCUGUCAUGGCGGCAAAAAUAGACUAAAAAAGACUCAAACCGGCAGGUACGAAGCAAUAAAGUAUCACAUGUGUUCUUUCUUCAUGGAUUCACCUCGAUGGCCAGACUCACAAGAAAUGAGAAAUCGUUCCCGAUCUUUUUUGCCCACUCAGUGGAUGUUGCAGACUGUUAUAUGAAUAAAUACCUGGCCUCCCAGUUUGUCUUUGUAAAGGGUGCCAGAUGGCGUCCCUCAGAGGUUUUGAUAUGUAUCAGCGGAUGGAGAUUGUUUUUGACACUGACUGUUUAUCUUACCGUAACUAUGCCAAAGUAUUUGCCAAGUAUUUCCAUUCAAAUCUUUGCCACGUGUCCUGGACGUUACAGUGAAGCAUAGACGACCCAAUCAUUUCUGUUACCAUGUUGUUGUAGAAAGAUGCACUGUAUGUUACAACCACAAAAAAAAGAUGAAAGUAUUUCAAGUGAUCUCUUUUAUAAAUUAAUCUGAAACGACCCGUUGUUUAAGUGUAUUU